AGAGGACAUCCAAUACACUGCGGGGCCAGCACAGCACCAAGCUCACCAGUUGAGGCCAGAUUCGUGCUCUUGCUAGCUGGUCUGUCUCUACCAUAAGAAAGUAAUUACCGUAUUUUUUUUGUUUCCUUCGGGGCGUCCCUUUUGAACUUCCUGCGACGCAUAGCGUUCUUUGCUUGCCUCGUGUUCUUCCAUUGCAGUCCUUCCUAGACUACGGCUAGGCCGUGGCAAGCUUGCAUUCAACGGGGCACCGUCCCUUAACUACACCCACGCUGUCGAUACCCCUCCAUACUAUUCCGUCCUCAACCCUCGAAUCCCGACAGACAACCCACCACACCCGCCGACGAUGGCGCGGCCAACGCUAUCGGCCUUGUCCAUAUUCCUUUCGGCCGUCUUGUUCUCCGCCCAUGUCUUCGCAGUGUCGGCCGUCUUGGGCGUCGACCUCGGGACCGAGUACAUAAAGGCAGCCCUCGUCAAGCCCGGCAUCCCCCUCGAGAUUGUCCUCACCAAGGACUCGCGCCGGAAAGAGAUAUCGGCUGUCACGUUCAAGCCUGCGUCCAAUGGCCCUAGAUCAGGCGCCUACCCCGAGAGGGUCUACGGCUCCGAUGCUAUGGCUCUCGUCGGCCGCUUUCCCGGCGACGUCUACCCGAACCUCAAGACCCUCCUGGGCCUGCCUGCCGACCAUAAAGCCGUGAAGGAGUACGCCGCGCGUCACCCGGCACUGCAAUUGGAAGCUCACAAGUUGCGGAACACGGCCGCCCUCAAGAGCGCCGGCGCAUUCACCCCCGAGGAGGAGGCUUGGCUGGUCGAGGAAUUGCUGGCCAUGGAGCUGCAGAGCAUCCGGAGCAACGCCGAGGCACUAGCCGGUGCCGGAAGCUCGGUCCGCUCUGUCGUCCUGACCGUCCCGCCCUUCUACACGGUCGAAGAGAGGCGGUCGGUGGAGUUGGCGGCCGAGUUGGCAGGGUUCAAGGUCCUGUCGUUGAUCAGCGAUGGGCUGGCCGUCGGCUUGAACUACGCAACGAGCAGGCAAUUCCCCAACAUCAACGAAGGAGGCAAGCCCGAACACCACAUGGUUUUCGACAUGGGUGCUGGCUCGACCAAGGCCACAGUUCUCAAGUUCCAGAGCCGCACGGUCAAGGACAUUGGCAAGUUCAACAAGACGGUGCAGGAGGUUCAGGUUCUCGGCAGCGGCUGGGACCGGUCCCUCGGCGGCGAUGCGCUCAACUACCUGAUUGUGGAUGACAUGGUGGCUAAGUUUGUCGAGUCCCCCAAGGCGAAGAAGGCGGCUGUGGCCGCCGAGAGCGUCAAGGCCCAUGGCCGUGCCAUCGCCAAGCUGACCAAGGAGGCGGAGCGGUUGCGUCAUGUUCUCAGCGCCAACCAGGCAACGCAGACAAGCUUCGAGGGUCUCUACGACGAUGUGGAUUUCAAGUACAAGAUCACCCGCGGCGAAUUUGAGGACAUGGUGGCGGCGGCGUACGUUUCUAGGGUUGGCGCGGUCGCUCAGAAUGCGCUUGACGCAGCUAGCCUCCAGAUUAAGGAUCUCGACUCUGUGAUCCUGCACGGCGGGGCCUCACGCACUCCGUUCGUCCAGAGGGAGCUCGAGAACAUCCUCGGCGGCGGUGAAAAGAUACGCACCAAUGUCAACUCAGACGAGGCUGCUGUUUUCGGCGCAGGCUUCAGGGCGGCAGAGAUCAGCCCCAGUUUUCGUGUCAAGGAGAUCCGGGUUUCUGAAGCCGCCGUGUAUCCCGCCGGCAUGAAGUGGAAGAAUGACGAGGGAAAGCCCAAGCACCAGCGUCUCUGGACUGCUGCGUCGCAUCUCGGCGCCCCUGCCAAGGAGCUGACCUUCUCUAACCACGAGGAUUUGUCUGUCAACUUCUACCAGCUCACUUCCGAGUCCGUGGAGGCGGAUACCAAAGUCCUGACCACCACGAACCUGACUGCCACUGUGGCUGAGCUCGUUGAGAAGUUCAAGUGCGAAAAGUCGGAUAUCCGCCUCAAGGUCAGCGUUCGCCUUGCCACUGAAAACGGUGAGGUGGAUGUGACCAAGGCUGCUGUGGAAUGCGAGGCCGACGAGCCAGAAAAGGAAGGUUUUGUUGACGGGGUCAAGAACCUGUUCGGCUUCGGCAAGAAAGAGCAGCAACCUCUCAAGGACGACGGGGCCGAGGCUCCAGAAGCAGGCGCUUCAACUUCGUCUUCGUCUUCGUCUCCGUCUCCAUCUUCGUCUUCCACAUCCGAGACAACCUCGACCUCGACCUCAACCUCGACAACAUCAUCAUCCUCGGGAUCUGCAUCCGAAUCGGCAGAUGCCAAGUCGGCCAGCAAGAAGAAGCAGCUCAUCGUCAUCCCAGUCAAGUUCACAGUUGAGAAGUCUGGCAUUCCUCAACUGCCUAAGGCCGAUUUACUCUCUAUCAAGGACCGCCUCAAGUCGUUUGAAGCGUCAGACCGGUCCCGGAGGCAGCGGGAGGAUGCGCUGAAUCAGCUGGAAGCAUAUACCUACAAGAUCAGAGACGUGGUUGAGAACGAAGACUUCAUCGCUGCCUCCACAGCCGCCGAGAGAGAAAAGCUGGAGAAGAAGACCAGCGAGACCAGCGAUUGGCUUUACGGCGAGGGGGCAGACGCCACACGAGAUCAGCUCAAGAAACGCCUAAAGGACCUCCAGGACAUCGUAAACCCGGUGCAAAAGAGAAUUGAGGAAGCGUCCAAGAGGCCCGAGCUUGUCAAGGAUCUCAAGGACGCGCUAGUCAAGACCAAGGAAUUCGUGGAUGACAUCAAGAAAAAGAUUGCCGACCAUGAAGAAUUUGUGUCAUCUCAGGCUGCGUCGUCGAGCUCAGCUACUUCCACCAGCAGCGAAUCCGCGACGACUGCAGCUCCCUCUGGAGACUUUGACGGACUCGAGGAUGAGGAAGCGGCUGCCUCGACAACUAAGACUUUGGAGAUGGAGGACCUAGAGAAAGAGCGGGGACCAGUCCCGCCUCUGUACACUCUGGACGAUCUAAAGGAGAGCGAGGACCUGUACGUCUCCAUCUCUACCUGGCUGGAAGAGAAGGUGGUUGCGCAAGACAAGCUCGGAGUCACCCAAGACCCGGUCCUGCUUAUAAAGGACCUCACAGACAAGCGAGAGAAGCUGGACAAGGCCGGAAUCGACCUUGCGAUGAAGGGGGUGCGCAACUUUGAGAAGAACAAGCCAAAGGGCGCUGGCGGCAAGAAGCCCAAGCUGAGCAAGGAGAAGACAAAGCCAGCCAAGCCGGCGCAGACAAUCAAGCUCUCGCCGGGCGAAGACGGCAAGAUGCCCACGCAGGAAGAGAUUGAUGAGAUGCUCAAGAAGUUCAUGAAGGAGCAUCCGGAGGCGGCAGAACAGGCGUCCAAGGCUCAGAGUGCGGACAAGGAAAAGGAUACCGGAGAGGAGACCCCGCGCAAGCAUGAGGAGCUAUAGAGAUGACGGAUGCAUUUCGGCUGCUUUGGUUAUGGAGUUUUGGGUGAAAAUGUAGAUCCAUACAAUACAAAUGGAACGAGGACAUGGUAUGUAAUACGUAUAUAUAUACAUGUAUAUUCUUGUCUCGUAUGUGGGCGGUGGUUAAGUUGCUGUGUUGGCCCGAUUCCAGAUGGCACCGAGCAAGCUUGGAACAGGUAAGAAUGGUUGUCAGAACUUAUAUAAUACUGCUCUCGUUUGCGAAUGGCUAUCUACUGGCACGGAAGGGACGUUGAGAUCCGCGAUGCACUGUUCCCCGGCCGGUGGUAUCACGCACAGGUGUCACGGCAGCUUGCAUACAGAUACGUACAGAGAGGACAGCAGCGUGGCCCAAAUAGACGGCCCCGUCGUGCCAACAAAGGAGGCGCCAGAUUCGCGCUGCAAGGUGCCA